AUGUGUGCUCAUCACAGCCAAAAUAAUGCGGGAGGGCUCAAGGCUCUCGAUUUGGAUCAAAUCUGGGAAGAUUUAAGUCAGGGUAUACAGGAAAUAUAUGGACAAGAAUCAAUGACCAAGAGUAGAUACAUGGAACUCUAUACAUAUGUCUAUAAUUAUUGUACAAAUGUUCAUCAGCAAAAAACUAAAUCGAAAAGAUUUGGUGGAGCUCAAUUGGUCGGUUUGGAAUUGUAUAGGAGAUUAACUGACACAUUGAAAGAACAUUUAGUUGAAAAAUUUAAAAGGGGAAUCGAUUUGAUGGAUGAAAUCAUAUUAACUUUUUAUACCAAAGAAUGGGAAAAAUAUCAAUUCAGUUCCAAAGUUUUAAACGGAGUUUGCUCUUAUUUAAAUCGUCAUUGGGUUAAAAGAGAAUGCGAGGAGGGGAGGAAAGAAGUCUAUGAAAUUUAUCAUGUUGCUUUGGUGACAUGGAGAGACAAACUAUUUGAAAAUUUAAACAAACAAGUCACCAAUGCAGUUUUAAAAUUAAUCGAAAAAGAAAGAAAUGGAGAAGUUAUAAAUACUCAUUUGGUUGGUAGCGUUAUCGAUUGUUAUGUCGAAAUUGGAAUCAACGAAGAUCAACCCAAUAGUAAAACUCCAAAUUUAACAGUGUAUAAAGAAUAUUUUGAAAAUCCUUUUCUCAGAGACACUGAAAGGUUUUACAUGACUGAAAGUGUUAAUUUUUUACAACAAAAUCCUGUUACUGAAUAUUUGAAAAAAGCAGAGCUCAGACUGGAAGAAGAGAAAAAAAGAAUUCAAAUAUACUUACAUGUGACAACGCAGAGCCCAUUGAUGAAAGCCUGUGAUAAAGUUUUAAUUGAAAAUCAUUUGGAAAUAUUCAAUACUGAAUUUCAACAUUUACUCGAUUUGCAAAAAAAAGAAGAUCUUGCUAGAAUGUUUCGUUUGGUUUCGCGGAUACAAGAGGGUUUGGGAGAAUUUCGUUCCCUGCUGGAAGCUCAUAUUUGUAACGAAGGACUUUCGGCCAUCGAUAAAUGCGGGGAAACGGGAAACGAUCCGAAAACUUACGUCAAUACCAUUUUGGAAGUCCAUGGAAAAUACAACACUUUGGUCACACACGCGUUUAACAAUGAAUCCGGUUUCGUUGCCGCACUCGAUAAGGCUUGCGGUAAAUUUAUCAACUGCAACGCCAUAACAAGACAAGCAAACAGUUCGUCGAAAUCGCCCGAAUUAUUGGCGCGAUAUUGCGACAUGCUACUAAAGAAGUCAAGUAAAAAUCCCGAGGAAUCGGAAGUGGAAGAAACGUUAAAUCAAUUGAUGGUCGUUUUCAAAUACAUCGAAGAUAAAGACGUGUUUCAAAAAUUCUAUAGUAAAAUGUUGGGUAAAAGACUCGUGCAGAGAAUGAGUGCUUCGGAUGAUGCAGAAGCUAGCAUGAUAUCGAAAUUGAAACAAGCCUGCGGAUUCGAAUACACGUCCAAGCUACAAAGAAUGUUUCAAGACAUAGGCGUGUCGAAAGAUUUAAACGAACAAUUUCGAAUAUAUCUCGAAAAUUCGGAAGAUACGACUGACAUCGAUUUCGGCAUACAGGUUUUGUCUUCCGGAUCAUGGCCUUUUCAACAAUCCUACUCAUUUUUUUUACCAGCCGAACUCGAAAGAAGCGUUCACAUGUUCACAACCUUUUACAGCAGUCAACACAGCGGUAGAAAAUUAAAUUGGUUGUUUCACAUGUCAAAGGGUGAACUCGUCACAAAUUGUUUUAAAACUCGUUACACCCUUCAAGCGUCGACCUUUCAAAUGGCUGUACUUUUGCAAUACAACACUUCAUCAUCUUGGACGGUUCAACAAUUGGAAGAAUUAACACAACUCAAAUCUGAUAUUUUAAUUCAGGUUCUUCAAAUCCUUUUGAAAACAAAAUUAUUAGAAACUGAUAACAGUGAAAGCGACCUUCAAUCCACUUCACUAUUAAAACUCUCUGAAAAUUUUAAAAAUAAAAAACUAAGAGUAAAUAUAAACAUACCCAUGAAAGCCGAAUUGAAAACGGAACAAGAAGUCACUCAAAAGCACAUUGAAGAAGAUAGAAAAUUACUCGUUCAAGCUGCUGUCGUAAGAAUAAUGAAAAUGCGUAAAGUUCUCAAACAUCAACAGCUUGUCGCUGAAGUUCUCAAUCAGUUAAAUUCACGUUUUAAACCAAAAGUCAACACUAUUAAAAAAUGCAUAGAUAUUUUGAUUGAAAAAGAAUAUCUAGAAAGAACGGAAGGUCAAAAAGAUACCUACAGUUAUCUUGCAUAA